GAUCUCUGUAAUAUGUUUUUCGUUUGCGCGCCAUCAAGGCAGCCAUUACUUUAUUGUCCGUUACUUAAAAGAGGAGCACUUUAUUUUUCACAUAUUUAUAUAGAGAUAAUGUUAAGAAUUACAGAAAGUGAAUUUUAUUCUUGCACGAUUUUAAUAACUUGUCAAUUUUUGAUUCUCAGUGUUUCUAUAUUUUUUUUAAUACACUGCUCAUAACAAUUUCAAGAAGACGGUGAUUGUGCAUAGAUGUUUUUAAUUUUUUAAAUAUAUUUAAGUCGAAUCAAUUGAUUUCUAUGGAUUUUAAUUCUUUUUAUUAUUAACAAUAUAAUCUACAUUUUUAUUAAUUAUCAAUAUUGGAAUUGGAACAGAAUUAAAAAUCACAGAGAUGCCAAGAAAAAUAGUCGCAAAACAAUGUUCGAGCCAAGAAUCUUUGGCUUUGAUACAUCAAUGUGAAGGUCAUUCUAACCGAGAAUGUAUACGAAAUGACAAUUCAAAAAUUGUUAUGCGAAGGAGGAAGAUAUAUGAGGUAUAUAAUAAGAGGAAAAUUCUUUCUAAGUCAAAACGUAGCAAAAUUCAAAAACUAUCCUAUUGCAACAAAAUUGGACCUUUAGAAUAUGUCUUUUAUUCUAUCCUGAAUACAAGUUAUAAUAUGGAUCAAGGAACUGCCACAGCUGCGAUAGCACGUGGUUUAAUAGCAUUGAAUAAAAAAUUAGAUUCCAAUAGCAUAACAAGCUAUUAUUUAGAUAAAUGGUCGCAAUCUGGAGAGAACAUAAUAAUUUUGGAAGGCGUCAAUAAUAAACAUUUAAAAUAUCUUUACAAAGAAGCUAAAUAUUCUGCAAUUGAUUUGCACUUUUUACAUCAAUGGUGGUCAAAUGGAAGAGACAUCAUAGUCUUAACAGUGUUUGGGCUACAGGAAAAUUUACAAGAAAUUUUUGAAGGAUUAUUACCUUUACGGUAAAAUAAGAGUUAUUGAUUAGCAAUACAUACGAAUGUAUGCAUUUGUACAAAUAUUUUUUAUUUGUACUUUACAAUGA